AUGGAGGCGGAGGCCUCUCCUUACCUGAGUGAAGGUCUGUUAUUUAAAAUCCUGGCGAGAUUGCCCGUAAAAGCUUUGCUCCGUCUUCGGACCGUAUGCAGAUCAUGGAAGUCGAUCAUAGCCAGUCCUGAAUUCAGGUCCUUGCACCUCUCCACAAACCGUCACUCCUCCAAAAUCUUGCUCACCGCAAGAGACUAUGCUGAUCAAGAGUGGUACAUUUUGCUUGACAAUGAUCAGCAUCGCCCUGCCGAUCCUUCCUGGUUGGGGCUUCUCGAUUUCCCUUUUGGAUGCCUGGACUGGACCUCUCCCCACAUAGUGGGCUCCAUCAACGGCUUGAUAUGCGUAUUAGUGUCCCAAACGGGUGUCCCAGAGGAGCAACCCGUCAUAUCCAUCAUGCUAUGGAACCCUACCAUCAGGAGGCACGCCUGCCUACCGGACCUCACCUUGACGAAACCAAAUGACACGUCCAUCGAGUUUGGAUACGACCCCACCACAGACAACUACAAAAUCGUGGUCCUUGCAUCCGGCAUUAAUGUCCCAGAGUUCCACGUCUUUUCCUUGAACUCAAACGCGUGGCGCAGAGGUAAUUUCCUUGUGCACCAGUGCCCCGAGCGCGGAAUAUCGUUUAUUAGCACGCACGCUUUCGUGGGAGGCAAGAUGCACUGGCUCCUUUGUAAACAUUUUGAGAGGGGACCUUAUAACAGCUACAGCCUUUACUCGUUCGACGUGGCGGAAGAGGUUUUUGAAGAGGUGGCCUUACCGAUAGAGGAUCCUGCCAUGAUUGCUAUUCCCCGUCCCCGGGUUGCUGUACUGGGGGACUCGUUGUUUGUGGGACUGGCCUCAAACUCUUGGACCGUUUGGGUGCAGAUAGCCACCGGCGGCUGGAAUAAGUUGUUCAGGGUCGAGGAACCACAUGGCAGCCUGCCGACUAUGUUUGUGUGUGUUUUGAAGAAUGGGGAGUUGGUCAUGGACAAGUGGCAGCACUGCGGUUUCUGUAGUUUCUUAUCUGCAUAUGACCCAUGGACUAGGCAGUUUAAGGAGUUGGAGUUGGAGGACUUGCCUUUCUCUCACAUGCGAGACUUCGGGGACGUGGAGUCUCUCAAUGAUCACCAAGAGAGUCUCGUCCUACUCGACUGCACGCCGGUUGGUAUUGACCCGGCACACGCUACUUGCUGCUCUAUGUCUUGCCAAGUUCAAAUCAAAAGGAAGACACCCUCGGGAGAAAUAUGUUAA